AGGCGAGUUUUACUCUGAGAGGGUCGAGGAGAGGAUGGACACGAGGCAGAGCAGAGACCACGGAUAAAUAAAUCCACAUUUUCUGGGAGAAAUCAAGCUUUCGGUCAAAUAAGGAAUUAGUUUCUCUUUUUCUGUGAUUAAAAAGGACAUUUCAUAAUUUUUUUCCUUCAGUUUUUCAUUGGGACUCGGAUUCUUUGCUAAAGACAAAAGAGGCUGAAGACAAGGAAAUAAUCUACCAUUGACCUGAAACAGUGAAUCCAAACGAACGUGUCCCGCCGCAGACUCAGGAUUAUGGUGGUGCAUGCUCCGUGUGGAGAUCUGAAACACGAACAAAAUGCUGAAAUGUAAAGUUUGCAGUUAUUUCUGCUGCCUGCGGUUCACCUCAGUGCUGCUGCUGCUGCUGCUGCAGGAUGUGAGCAGCACGGCUCCAGCAGAGGAACAUGUAGCUUCAUUCCCAUGUAGCAUCUCCUUAUCUGAACCAACAUCCAGUUUGGACUCCAUAUCAAUGACUGUGAGCACACCUGGGCAGAACUGCUCUUUUACUGUGACCUCUCCGGAUACAGACGGCACUGAGUGUAGAAGAAGAGAAGAGCCGGAGCUGGAGACAAAUGAGAUCGGCAGCAGGAGGCAAGGAGAAGGGGAGGUGGUGGAGGAGGGAAGCAGAGCAGACCAUCUGGGAACCAAUCAGCUAGGAAUCGAGGAUGAAGGAAACAAGGGCGUGAGAGAGGUCUUCACCUGUGUUUUGGAUCACCUGGAGCCUGGGACCACCUACCACCUGCAGGUGCGGUCAAAGAGAGAUGAGGAGUCUGCAAACAUCACCGUGCACACCAAGCCGUCGGCGGUGGUCGGGCUGGAGGUCACAUCCAGGACCUGCAGCAGCCUCAGUCUUUCCUGGCAGGCCGGAAACGGCCGGACACAACGCUUCAGGCUGCAGCUGUGGGAGCAGCCUCGGAGCCCAGAUCAGUCAGGUCUGCUGAAGAACGAGACUUUAGAGAGCACGACGACCCGACACACACUCACCGGCCUGACGCCAGGUCGACUGUACAACGUCACCGUGGUGACGGAGGGGGGUGAGCUGCAAAACAGCCGGACGAUCGAGGCUCAGACAGUGCCCUCUGCUGUGUCCAACCUCACCACCGACUACAGCAACAGCACCAGCUUGAUGUUGUCAUGGCAACAGCCCAAAGGAGACCUGGACGAUCUCAUUGUCACGCUCUCAUCCAGCACCGGGAGACUCUGGGAGACGACCCUGCAUCGGAACGUCACGAAGGUCACCGUCCAUCACCUGACUCCUGGCUCAGCCUAUCAGCUCGCAGUGACAUCCAGAAGCGGCAGAUUGAAAAACCAAUCAAAAAUCACUGUCCGAACAGCUCCAGCUGCAGCAUCCCUCCUCACCUUGUCUCCCUCCUCCUCUGGUGGACUCUUCCUGGCUUGGUCACCUCCGGCUGGUCACUGGGAGAACUACAGGCUGUUCCUGUUUGAUGGUUCUCAGCCGGUAUUCAACACCUCUCUGCAAUCAGAGGCCAUGAACUUCAGCAUCCCUGGGACAGGACUAACACCAGGGAGGGUGUACAGAGCUGUGCUGACAGUGGAGAGUGGAGGACUGAUGGCUGAGAGUAGCUGUGAGGGAUCAACAGCUCCUGCUCCGGUGUCAGACCUCCACAUUCGGCACUCUGACGAGACCUCACUCAGCGCUAUGUGGAACCAUGCCCCUUUCGGGUCACGUGACAGUUACUUUCUCACCAUUUACCAUGGUAACAUCUCUAUGGAUACCAGGAAGGUGGAGUCUAGCAUGAGGGAGUGCACGUUCAAUGUGCUCACACCUGGGAGACAGUACACUAUCACCGUGACAACCAGAAGUGGGAAACUGAACACCUCUGUGUCUGUGGAGGGGAGAACAGUUCCCAUGGAAUUGCAGGUCAUUGCUCUGAGUAACUCAGGAGUCGACAGCCUCCAGGCCUCGUGGAAAAAACCGCCAGGAGAUGUGGACUCAUACACACUGACACUGCUGAAGGAUAGUGUUGUGGUUCAGAACUACAGCCUUCCAGUUAGCUCUUCUUCUCUGCUGCUGACUGGUUUGACACCUGGCUCCCCCUACAAGCUGCAGGCCGUCACUGUCAGUGGGAAGCUGCAGUCUAAUCCCAUCAGUCUGGAGGCACGCACAGCCCCAGAGUCAGUCUCUGAGAUAACCGUUUCAAAUGGCGGCAAGUCUGAUGCGCUGCAAGUGUCGUGGCAUCCUGUGUCAGGAGUAGUGGACAGCUACCUGGUCUGCCUUUAUGACAAGACGGGAGUUCUUGUCCACAGAUUUGUUGUGUCCCACUCCUCACCACCUGAGUGCUCCUUCAGUUCACUGGUGGCUGGACGGCUUUACUCAGUGGUCAUAACAACAAGGAGUGGCAACGUGGAGAACACCACCACUGUUCAAGCUCGAACACAACCCGCCACUGUGCAAAAUCCAACAGCUGUUCACUCUGCAAGAGACGACUUUCUCAAGGUGUACUGGCGGCAUGCGGCUGGAGAUCUGGACCACUACGUGGUUCUGAUUCGUUACAACCACACCGUGCUGCAGAAUAAGAGCAUCUCAGCCGGACACAACGAGUGUGUUUUCUCAUCUCUGACACCGGGUAGACUCUACACUGUCACUGUAGAAACCUGGAGUGGAGACUAUGUCAGCAGCGUCUCCACCGACGGACGCACCUUUCCUGCAGCUGUACGGAAUCUGUUAUUAAGCAAUGUAGGAACAGAUGAGUUGAACAUCACCUGGAGCCCCGCCCCUGGAGACGUGGACUACUAUGAGGUCACUCUGCUCUUCAACGAUUCUCGGGUUUUCCCUCCGGUCACGUUGGGUGGCGAGGUGCGACAUCACCGGCUGACCUCUUUGACGCCCGGGCGGCUUUAUAAGAUUGUGGUGUCGACGUUCAGUGGAUCAUAUCAGAGGGCUGAGUUCAUUGAGGGACGGACAGUUCCCAUAGCUGUAGGAAACCUCCGCCUGACUCCACAGCCUGGCCUGACAGAUUCGCUUGGUGGACUUGUGGCUAACUGGAUGCCUGGCGAAGGAGACCUGGACAUGUACAUCGUGUCCCUGUCAACCAUGGACGGAGUUGCCGUGGACACUCGUCCCGUUCCCAAACAUGUCACCACACUGGACUUUAUGGAGCUGAUCCCAGGUCAUGCCUACACCAUCACAGUCCAAUCACUGAGCGGAAAGCUGACCAAUAGCAACACAGCCACAGGCAGGACAGCUCCAGCCAGAGUAACAGCAUUGCAGGCUGAUAAUGACCACACCACCCAUAGCCUCACCAUCAGCUGGGAGCGGCCAGUCGGCGUGUAUGACGGCUACAGCCUGAAGCUGCUGGAUGAGGCCGGCAUCAUUGUGAUCAAUCAAUCAGUCGCAGCAGAGAGUCGAAGCGAGCUUCUGGAGGGUCUGACGUCAGGGAAGUGGUAUCGUGUGAGGGUUGUGACGCUGAGCGGCGGCGUACAGUCACUGGAGACGACAGCAGAGGGGCAAACACGUCCGGCUGCAGUCAGUAAUCUAACGGUCAUUUCGGCUAACACCUCCUCGCUCUCCUUCUCCUGGCGUCCAUCUGACGGCCAUGUCGACAUCUAUGACCUGUCCCUUUACAGCAUCACAGAGGGGACCGCCACUCACAGGCAGGGCUCUCCCGGGAGCAGGAAGGAGCAUCACAAGGACGCAGGUGAACAAGUGGACCUGCAGAAGGUGGGCUCAGCUGCGGACAGCUGUGUGUUCUCCGGCCUGCGAGCAGGAAGCCUGUAUAAGCUGCAGGUGGUGAGCUGGAGCAGAGACAUGAGCAGCGAAUCGUCUGUGCUGGCCAGAACCGUUCCCUCUCCAGUCUCGUCUCUUCAGGUUGAGAGUUCAGGGCAGAUGGACAGACUGAUGGUCAGCUGGCAGCACGGAGAGGGAAGCUUGAGCAGCUACCAGGUGGUAUUGUACGACGUUUCUGGAACCACUCUGGGAGCUCAGACUCUUGGGGUGGAGCACACGAGUCACACCUUCUCUGGCCUGGUCCCUGGUAGACUGUACCGCGCUGAGGUCAUCACGCACAGUGGAGACCUGACCAAUAAUGUCUCUGCAUUUGGACGCACUUCUCCCCAACCGCCCACCCACCUGUCUGUCAAACAAGGCCCGACCAAUGACACGGUAGAGCUGUCGUGGUCUGGUCCCACCUACGGAGACUACAGUAACUUCAGCCUGCAGUGGACUCCUCCGGAUCAGCUGUCAGUCACACAAACUCAUCUGACCAGCCACAUCGUGGGCGGGAUGUUUCCAGGGCGAAAAUAUAACUUCACUCUGAUGACCAUCAGUGGAGGCGGGGUCAAGGGCGGGCCUACAGUCAGGAGCCAACCAAUCCAGAGGAGUAUCAGAACAAGUCCUUCUUCUCUGAAGUCCAUCCACUGCUUCCCUCUCUCCUCCUCCUCCCUCUCCUGCUCCUGGUCACCUCCACACGCCGACUUCGACUCCUACGAGGUCGAGUGUCGGCGCUAUGAUGACGGGGAGCUGAUGUCGGCACUGAGGCUGGUGGGGGGCGUCACAGCGGUGACACUGGACCACUUGGAGCCAUACAGGAAAUACUCUGUGACAGUCAGAGUGUCAUCAGCAGGACAGACGAGCCCACCGGCGACGCACACCACCAUCACCAUGAUCGACCGCCCUCCAGUCCCGCCUCCCAGUGUGCGGGUCAGCAAGCGGUCAUCGAAGAUCAAGUCAUCCUCCAUCUUGUUCCGCUUCAACUGCUCCUGGUUCAGUGACGCCAACGGAGCCGUCCGAUAUUUCACCGUAAUCGUGGCCGAGUCUGAUGCCAACGAGAUGCUGCAGCCAGAGCAGCGCCACCCACUACCCUCAUACCGUGACUACAUCAGCAACUCAUCCGUCAGAGCCUAUCAGACCGCCUACUUCCCCAGCCGCUGUCCUCAGGACACCGAGAGCUCUGCCGGACAGGUGGUGGAGGUGAACCUGGGGGCAGGAGGAGACCGGCUGGGCGGAUCCUGUGAUCAUUACCAUGACGAUGCCCUCUACAUGAGUGACAGCUACGGUGGCUUCUGUGACGGGCCGCUGAAAGCCAAAACAUCGUACAGGCUAAGUGUGCGGGCCUUCACCCGCCUGAUUGAUGAGAACCACCGGGAGUUUCCUCAGCCGCUCUUCAGCGACACGUACCUGUCUGAGCCGCUCAGGACGCACGCAGAGCCUCUAGGUGGCGUGGUGGAGGGUCUGAGUGCUGGUAUGUUCCUCAUUGGUAUGAUGGUGGCAGUCGUCUCUCUGCUGGCCUACAGACAGAGGCUACGCAAAGUGGCUGUGCAGGAGAACCCGGUGGUGAGGAUGAGCAUGUGGAAAGAAGUUCCAACUUCGGGGAUGUAUAUGGGCGUCCGGAGUAACCGUCGGGUCACCAGUCCCAUCAAAGCGUGCCACUUCGAGUCACACCUGAGCAAGCUGCAGGCCGACUCCAACUACCUGCUGUCUGAGGAGUUUGAGGACCUGAAGGACGUGGGCCGUAACCAGACGAUGGACGUUGCCCGAGUGCCAGAAAACCGAGGAAAGAACCGCUACAACAACAUCCUGCCAUAUGAUUCUACCCGAGUGAAGCUUUCGUACCUGGAGGACGACCCCUGUUCCGACUACAUCAAUGCCAGCUACAUACCUGGUAAUAACUACCGCAGGGAGUACAUCGCCACCCAGGGGCCGCUCCCCGGCACUAAAGAUGAUUUCUGGCGGAUGGUGUGGGAGCACGGCGUCUACAACAUCGUCAUGGUCACGCAGUGUGUGGAGAAAGGGCGGGUGAAGUGUGACCAGUACUGGCCUGCAGACAGAGAGCCUCUGUACUACGGUGAUCUGGUCAUUCAGAUGCUGUCAGAGUCCGUCCUGCCUGAGUGGACCAUCCGAGAGUUCAAGAUCACCUCGGAGAGCAGCCGCAGUUACCCUCGGGUGUUGCGUCACUUCCACUACACGGUGUGGCCCGACCACGGCGUCCCUGAGAGCACCCAGUCCCUGAUCCAGUUUGUCAGGACGGUCCGGGACUAUGUGGACCGAUCGCCGAGUACCGGAGCCACCGUCGUUCACUGCAGUGCUGGAGUCGGGCGCACAGGGACGUUCGUCGCCUUGGAUCGGGUUCUGCAGCAGCUGGACUCCAAAGGAACCAUUGACCUGUACGGCUGUGUGUUCGACCUCCGACUGCACCGCCAGCACAUGGUCCAGACCGAGUGUCAGUAUGCCUUCCUGCAUCAGUGUAUUCGGGACGUCCUGAGAGCCAGAAAGCAUCGCAGCGAGCAGGAGAACCCGCUCUACCCCAUCUACGAGAACUUCAACCCCGAGUACUGCCGAGAUUUCAUUUACACUGGACGCUAAACAGAAGACAACGUUCAUCCGAUCAGAGCAAAGAAACGUUCCAGCGCAACAAACGGACAAAACAGGGAAAAAUAAAUGAGAACAAAUGAGGUUCAUGAUCUUGUUUUCAGGUCUGUAGGUCUCACUGGUUUCACAGCGACAGAGUCACUGACCUGUGCCGUCUGUGGAAGGAGACGAGCAGACCGUAACCUGAAGAUUCGGGAAUAAAUACAAACACUUAAGAAAAGUUGGAAGUUACGUGUUUCCAGGCACUGCAGGGAAGAGUUUCAGUAGCUACAGCUGGUCAUCAGCACUAUCUGAGAAAAUGUAAUCACACCAAACACCUCACUGUGGAAGCUUGUUUCCACCACAGCAAAAAAAAAAUCGCCAUCCGUACCUCCAAAUUAUGAGUUAGCUCUGCCAAUCAGGAAGCUCGGUGAAGGUUCAUCAUUUCCUUGUUACCUGGAAGCAGGAGGCUGAAGGCAUCAGCUGCACAACAUUGAUUCUUUUUAUGCAGCACAAACAGCAGCUUGUUAACAUUUGCUACACACUGCCAGCUCACUGAUACUGUAGCUAACUUAGUGCAUGUUCGGCAUCAUCUGCUUCCGGGUAACAAGGAAAUGACCUCUUUCACCAAGCUUCCUGAUUGGCAGAGCGAACUCGAAAUUUCAAGAUAUGGAUGGUGAUUUUUUUUUCUUUAUUUUUAUGUUUUUUAGUGGCGGGAACAAUCCUCCGUACCUCACAGAGUUUCCACUACAUUCAGCCAGUGGGCAGCAGUCUGGUUUCUUUCAGCACAGAGUGAUGGGCUACAUUUUUGUUUAGAACCCAAAAGCAUGAAAAUCUGACGCCUGUGCUUUUUUAACCCUGCGUUCACAGAAACACUGAGUAAGAAUGAUGACCUCUCCCGUGAAUCAGGACUGCGAGGACCUGGUAAUAAUCUGAGCUCAGGCUGACCUGCAAAAUCUGUUUAUCUGAUUAGUUUUUUUUCUAAAUCUGUCCUGAAUCACAACAGCAGCUGAACUGGAACAGCGGCUGCUGUGAGUCCGUGUGGCUAACUGACAGAGGGCACACACACACACACACACACACACACACACACACACACACGAUCGAUCACAUGAUUGGCCCCAGCUGCAGCCCACAUCUUAUUAAAACGUGUUUUACUGUCGACUAAAACAACAAACUUUAUAUAGUUAAAAAUAGAUUUAAACAUAGUGGAGUUCCUUUAACGUUAUUGGCUGUUUAAAUGUUGAAAGGCAGCACAGCUGAUCUCAGGUUGUCGUGAUCCAAGUCAGAAAAAUAUAUCCAAAUAAUAACAGAGUGACUGCAGGGAAGGACAGAGCCAUCUAUUUUUCAUACUCUCCAUUAUCACUGUAUGUCCUCACUCAUUGCUCCAUAUAAGCUGUUUAUUUAAAAACUCUCAACACACAUAUUGCUGUAUGUAAAUAUAGAUGUAAUACUCCUUUUUUACAUUAUAAUGAAUAUAUGUAUGUCAACAACUGUCAGGCUGUGUAAUAUUUAGAUAGUUCCUCAUUUAUGCUGCAAGCAAAUGUAACCUGCUGUAUUCAGACUUUAAAGAGACUCUUUUUGCUUUUUCUCGGUCAUAUUUGUGUUAUUACAGCGUCAGAUGUUUGCGUUAAACACGGUUAAAGUUAUAAAUAUUGAGGAAAUCGUAUGCAAAGGAAAUCCCUGUGAAGAAACGUCCUUUAGAACAGUUCACCAGAGUGCUGCCCCUCUGCUGGCUUCUGGAAACUGGCUAAUCAGAGGAUGAGUUUAAAGAGAGGGGCGGGGCCUUAAAGAGACAGGAGUCAGUUUCACGCAGAGGAAGAACUGAACUAAAAAUACUCCAAAUCACAGGAAACGAGCCCACGAGCUCCUCUUUAACUUCACGCUUGUAAACUGCUAAAACUUAGAAGUAAAGACUGAAGUCUGAAUACGCUGCAGGAGCCCCGUGUUUCCCUUCACAUAUUUAAAUGACAUAAUUAGAAAUGUUUGCCUCAUGAAAAAAAAUUGGACUUUUGUGAUUUUCUGAGUUUCUAAAAGUAUCAAUGUGUCAUGUUACAAUAAUACUGUGGCUAAAUUAAUUGUUUGAACUGAUGAAAUCUGGACUUUUCCCUGAUCCAUUCGGCCUGCGGGACUGUUUUAUGUAGACUUUAAUACGUUUGUCAUGUGAUGCAUUCAGGAAGCUUCAUGAAAUUAACGAGCCCUAAACGAACGUAUGAAGCUUUUUAUCCCGCCGUUAUAAACUUGAUGAUGAAUAAAAAUAUCUGCCUCAC